AUGCAUCAGCGCUCAGCUGUCACGCUUUUUCCAGUUAGGCAGGCAAAAGGGCAUACCCCCGCACCCUCUGAUCAUUCUAGUCGGCCAUCCUUUGAGGAACCUAGGGCCUUUUUUGGUGCCGCAGUCGAACCUGCACCACGAGACCAUAGAACAGCCAAGCGUUCCGCCCUGAUACGUGAUAAUUAUUGCUGCCUCAUUACAGACGUAGCCGACAUAAAGCAGUACGGUGAGAUGACCAUGGCUGAAAGACAAACAUUCGGUUUGGUUGGUAGGGACCUUCGAAAUACCAACUUUUGCCACAUCUUUCCACCAUCAACGAACUGGAAUCUGAGGCCAGCGGAACAUGGCCAUGCUAAGACUCUAUACUCUGAAAGUGUUUCAACUCUCAUUGGCCACUACGGAGACAUUGAUGGCCUUGCUGAACUUGAUGGGCCCCAGGGCCAUAGGUUAUCAAACGGAUUGACCUUGUCGGUGGACUCUCACGCGUUAUUUGAUGAUCUUUCGUUAUGGUUCGAGGAAAUACCGGGCCAACCCAACACUUAUACUGUCAAAACCUUGUUUCCCACGUCUCUCAAUCGCGUUGUUACUUUUGGAACCACCACCGAUUUGGAGCUUCCUGACCCCAGAUAUCUUCGGCUGCACGCAACUAUUUGCCGAGUGGCUCAUAUGUCAGGUGCUGCCCGGUAUGUGGAUUUGCUUAUCGAGGAGAUGGAGACGACGAACGUUUUGGCUAAUGAUGGCUCGUCUGGAGAUCUUUUGCGAGACCAACUGCAAAAUUUACAGCUUCGUCAAAGGCAACCUGGGGCAUAA